AUGACUGAUUGUCUUUGUACAGGGAAGCGGUUGCAAAGGCAGAGAAGGAAAAGAGUAUUCUCAUUCAUCGCAAGGGACCUCGAAGGAAAGCCAGAAUUGGGAGUAACAGACCGACUGGAUAAUGGAAAAACACGGCAAAGAGCUCCAGCUUCCUUACCAUCUCUGUAUGACCUAGAGGUGGGAAGAGAGGCUAGUAUUGUACCAGUUCCCGGUAAGGUGCGUUGCGCGCGAAAACCACGCCAUCUCAAACGAGCCACCAAAGCAACUCAUGAACGCCGAACUGACCUCUCAGCUGUCGGUGAAAACAAUAAGGAUGGGAAAUCAUUCAAACGGGAGUUUCGAAGGUUUGAUGAUCCUGUCUUACCAAUCCAUGACUAUGAGAGGACUAUGGAUAUAGUAUCCAAUUUGUACUACAUAUAUGAUCGCGGUCAUGGCCAGUUUGUGGAUAGGAAAUCUCAAAAAUUGAUUUUUGAGCCUUCAGUUGAACAUGUACAUAACCAUGAAUCGCCGGUGAAAGAACGAUUAGUCAACCCUGUACCUAACAACGAAUCAACCCUUAAAGAAGUGGCUACAUGCGACCCGAUCUCACCGAUCUCAAGAACUCCAAAUGUGUACGAGGUACCAAUUGAAAUAGCCGACUUACUCUCAGCUUACCGGACUUAUUUGAAUGAUGGUGAAGACUCACCACUUACCUCACUUCCUUCAUCUGAUACGGAGGACGACAACCCUAUGAAUGGAGGCCUACCUAUUAAAUCACUUAAACAUGAAUUAGAGCUUAUCGUGACAAAUACUAGACCUUUGAACGAUGGACUUUCAUCUCCUCUGACAUCACUGGGAAACUCUGAUAUUGAUGAUUCUCCUCCACCUAUUACCAAGGCUGCGAUAGAAGAACCAUCUAAAAAGAGCAAGCGGCAGUGA